AUGAAUCCGGCGAAUUUUCAGCCUCCGUUCCACUGGGCUCCGAUGCUACCUCCGGAUCCGCCUCGUUGUGGUGUGUUUUGGAAUACAAAUAACAUAACCGAUCAGCUUAAACAACUCCAAGAUACGCUUAAUCUCGCAAAAUCAAUGGAGAAGGAAUUGGAAGCAUUGAGAAUGAUCAAAGAAGCCAAAGGUUCGAUGGAGAUUGUAGAACAAGGGUCAGGUUCAGGAGCAGAGUGUUUGAGAUAUCUACAAAGUGUAAAGAUGGAUUUGGAACAGCAGGAGACGCUUUCAGUGGAAGCUGCUAACUCCUUGAUGGCUACUUUAAGAGCAAAGCUUGAGCCGUUUAGGUUUGUUGUUGACGAGAAUACUCCAUGGGAGGAGAAAUCUGCAGCGGUGAGAUUGACUUGCAAGAUGAAGAAAUCGAAAAGGAACAAACUUUGGAAGAAACGAAAGAGACGGUGUGUUGCAGAAAUGCGUGCAAAGGAGCCUGAAAGAUUUGAACAGGCUGACAGAGAGGCUGAUGAAUGGAGGGAAAAGGAAAUGGCCAAGGACAUGGCUAACAGAAAGGUGGACGAGAUGAAGGCAAUUGAGAAGGUUAAGGCGAAACGAGAGCGAAGGAGACUAGAACCCGAGCUUGAACUAGCUCUAAUUGUUGAGGAAAUGCAAGAGCUACGUUCCCUAAGAAUCGAAAAACUUAAGAAGCAAGGGCAUUUCCUUCCGGAAGAAGAUGACAAGUUCUUCGAGAGUGUUCGUGCUGCGGUGGAGCAAGAGGAAAACCAAGGUCAGUCCCUAACCAAAACCAACACAGAGGCCGAAGAGAACUUCAUUGCCUCCGAGGAGAAGGAGGACACUAGUCUCACCACCAGUAACAAAACCAACCAAGAAACGGAUAAAGAAAUCAAGAUAGUUGCAGCUUCUUGUGAAAAGACAAUGGAAGAAGCUCCUGAGAAUGCUGAAUCGAAUUUACCGGCCGAGAUGUAUCAUUAUUACUACGGAAGCAGUUUCGACAUGGGUAGACUUAUUGAGACCAGACGAGAAUGGGAUGCAUUUCUGAGUCCUGCAGGAAGCCGGAUUCCUGGACAUUGGGUGCAUCCAUCGCAACCAGCUAAUGAGAUUUGGGCUUCAUGUCUUGUUAAAUCUCCCAAGAAUAACAUUAGUUAG